AUGGCAUUUUUGAAGCAAAAGCCUCAACAAAUCUACAACGCAUUCCCUGGUUUCGUGGGGACUUAUUUCAAGAAAAAGAGGUCCCUUUCAUCCCGCUUAGUUGAAGAGCUCUACGAAGGCUUCGAAUACUUUGUGAUGGAUCUUGCACGCUUUCUUGUUGUGGUGUUGAAGCUGGCGUCCACCGGUAUCAAGGUCCUGGUCACAGCGGCUGUGAUAAUUGUUCCACUAUACAAAUCCGGUAUUUUACACGCAUGCUGGUCUCUUUGCACAUCCAUAGUUGCUUAUUUCACGACUGGAUGGGGCUCUCUUGGCACAGAUUUGAAGUCGGAUGCGCCUAGCGGCCCUUCCAGGCGAAGCUAUUUCAGUAUUGGUCCGAAGAAUGGGGGCCAGGAUGGUGACUCUGAGGUUUCGAGCUCUGGUGGGUUGCAGAGCCAGAAGUACAUUAUGUCUCUGCCCUAUACUCCGUGGACAGAAGAGGUAGCGAUCGUGUCGAAUGCCAAUGGUCACUAA